AUGGACGAGAUAGAGUUUUCUUUCCACGACCAUCCUUUGCACCGUUCAGGCGCGUUUUCUAUUUGGUGCGACGGAUGUUCUCAACCAGGUUACUCCUCGGACGGCUACCGUUGUUCAGAGUGCUAUCGAGAUUUCUUCAUGCAUCAGAAAUGCGCCGAGUCACCUCUUGUGAUCGACCACUCUUCUCACCACCAACACCCCCUUAACCUCUCCUGCGUUCCGGCUAGCAAACCAUGUCAUUUAUGCGAUGGACACGUGUCGGAUGUGGGUUAUGGGUGUUCAGCAUGUGACUUGUGGUUGCACAUAAGUUGUUCCAGAAACCCACCCUCUCAUGUUAUCGAAAACCCGAAGGCUCACGAGCAUUCACUCACCCUCUUCCUCAUGCCGAAUGAGAUAGAGCUGUUCAUCUGCCACAUAUGUGGUUAUUGUUGCUUCCAUUCUGCCUACGUAUGUAGCCAAUGUGAGUUUUUCUUCCACGUCAAUUGUGUCAACCUCUCACCAGAAAUAAAACACCCUUCCCACCCUUCCCACCCUCUCCAACUCCUCAUGGACGGCGCCCCUCGUUACUCCGAUGGCAAGUGUUGCCUUUGCGGUGACGAGUUUGAGAAAGGACGGCUCUAUCAUUGUUCCCUCUGUAACUACAGCUUGAAUCUGGACUGCGUAAAGUGCCCGCCACCGCUGACUCAUAAGAGCCCUAAAACCCACGAGCACAAACUCACCCUCAUUCCCCGACACCUCUCCUUCACCUGCAAUGCUUGCGGGAAGAACGGCGAUCGAAGUCCCUAUGUUUGUCUUCAAUGCAAUUUCAUGAUCCAUAGAAAGUGUUUCGAUUUACCUCUUCUCAUCAAUAUUAAUCGUCAUGAUCACCGUAUCUCUCGCACUUACCUUCUUGGUCUAAAGUUUUUCGACCAUGAUUGCGCGGUGUGUCACCGAAAGGUUGAUUGGCCCUAUGGAGGUUAUAUUUGCUCCUCAUGCCCUAACUUCGUUGCUCAUCCCGAUUGUUCAACGACACCAAGUGUGUGGGACGGGAAAGAACUCAUAGGAACCCCCGAAGAAAUAGAAGAUAUGGAGCCGCCGUUCAAAGUGAUAGACGACAGCUUGAUAAACCAUUUUACUCACGAGGAACACAACCUCAGGCUCAACAACAAGGAUGACAUCGCUUGCGAUGAAAGAAUUAUAGAAUGCAAAGCAUGCAUUCGUCCUGUGUAUUCCGAUCCGUUCUACAGUUGUACUCAAUGCAACUAUAUUCUUCACGAAACAUGCGCCAAUCUUCCUCGGACAAAGCGACAUCCGCUGUUUGCUGAGAAGCUUACUCUGGUGGGCGGUUCUACGUACUUGCAAGAUUCUUUCACUUGUCAUGCUUGUGACCGACGUUCCACGGGUUUCAGGUACUGUGUACGGAAAUUGGAUUACGCAGUAGACGUACAGUGCAUCUCCAUUUCGGAACCGUUAAACCACGAUAGUCAUCCCCAUCCCUUAUACUUUGUUGACCGUUGUAGAGGGAAUUGCGAAGCUUGCGGCAAAUUGGGUUAUUUAGGCUUCAGAUGCAUUAGGGAGGAAUGUGAAUACUUUCUGCACUACGGAUGUGCAGUGUUGCCGAAGAUGGUAGAGAAACACAAGGCAGAUGAUCAUCCACUCUUCCAAUGCUACGGGGAAGAUAUAGAUGCAACCGGGCGAUAUUGGUGCGAUAUAUGCGAGAGAGAAGUGGAUCCAAAGAGAUGGUUCUACACGUGCGACCGUUGUUGUACCACUUUCCACAUAGAUUGCGUGCUUGGAGACCUUUUCAUGGGUCACGCGGCGGGAAGCAUGUUCACGACCAAAGCAUUCGAUAUUGUAGCACCGAAUCGACAAGUCCAAGUGGUAGCAAACAAUGGCAUAUGUCGACCCUACUGCGACGUGUGUAAAUCUCGUUGCAAAGCCUCCUUGAUUCUGAAGACACGUGACGACGCUGGUCUGUUCAUCUGUUCUUCUCCUUGUCUUCGUCACUUUAUUCCUCCGGUUGGGGUUGGUGAAAAGGCCCAAUUGAUCCCCAGCGGAUUAAUUGAGGAAUGGUUCACAUGAUGGACACAUGAAAAAUCGAAGGAGAGCGAAUCUGCAAUUCAAUCAAAAACACAUUGUUUUCUGCAGAGCAUGAUGCUCUUGAUCUUUCUCUGAUUCACAUCUCUGUCAGCAUCUCCUCCUUGAAUUCUUUCAGGGACGUAUCCAAUUUCCCAGCUUCUGCAUUUGAUAGCUUUGCCAGCUGUUCAAAAUUUUCAGAUUUUUAAAAGAUGAUCGUUUCCACAUAUACUCGAACGUAAACAUCGUCCUUGGAUCUGAUUCUUGAUUCACAGAUCCAAUUUCCGAUUCCCGGGUUUAUUUGCCCAGCCCUGGUCCCAAACACUCCAUCUAUGUGUUAGU